GGAACCAGGGAGGCCCGCGAGUCGCUGGGGGAAGUGGGGCAGAGACCCGGCGCAGCCGGAACGCAGGGUGCAGAUCCCGCAAAUCGUGGCCCCUCAGAUCGGAGUCCGCACAGCAGAGCUGGGUCCUGGAGGGUGGAAGCAAGUGAAGGGGCUCUCUGUUCCAGAAAGAGGGCCUCCAUCAUGGCCUCCAUGUUGCUUACCCGGUGGCUGGCCUGCAGCUUCCAGCGCAACUACCGCCUGCUUGUGCCCGGAUCCCGACAUAUCAGUCAGGCUGCAGCCAAAGUCGAUGUUGAAUUUGAUUAUGAUGGGCCUCUGAUGAAGACAGAAGUCCCAGGGCCUAGAUCUCAGGAGUUAAUGAAACAGCUGAAUAUAAUUCAGAAUGCAGAGGCUGUGCAUUUCUUCUGUAAUUACGAAGAGAGCCGAGGCAACUACUUAGUUGAUGUGGAUGGCAACCGAAUGUUGGAUCUUUAUUCCCAGAUCUCCUCUGUCCCCAUAGGCUACAGCCAUCCUGCGCUCCUGAAACUCAUCCAACAGCCUCAAAAUGCGAUUCCUACCAAGUCAUUGAAGUCCCGAGGAAGGGCUUAUCAACCCUCUGUUCCCCAGUCACAGCACCCUGAAAAUUCCACAUCGUUACUUCAGAGCAUGUUCAUCAACAGACCUGCCCUGGGAAUCCUGCCUCCAGAGAACUUUGUGGAGAAGCUGCGGGAAUCCUUGCUCUCGGUGGCUCCCAAAGGGAUGUCCCAGCUCAUUACCAUGGCCUGCGGCUCCUGCUCCAAUGAAAACGCCUUCAAGACCAUUUUCAUGUGGUAUCGGAGCAAGGAAAGGGGUCAAACAGGUUUCUCCAAAGAGGAGCUGGAGACAUGCAUGGUCAACCAGGCCCCUGGCUGCCCAGACUACAGCAUCCUCUCUUUCAUGGGUGCAUUCCAUGGAAGGACCAUGGGUUGCCUAGCGACCACACAUUCCAAAGCUAUUCACAAGAUUGACAUUCCUUCCUUUGACUGGCCCAUUGCACCAUUCCCAUGGCUGAAAUAUCCUCUGGAGGAGUUUGUAAAGGAGAACAAACAAGAAGAAGCUCGCUGCCUAGAAGAGGUAACACCCAGACCUUCCAGACCCUUCCCACCUCCCGGUUCCCUUACACUUGCCUCCCCAACACUUCACCCUGGAGAAGAGAACCCAAGAGUUUAUCUUGGGCCUGCACAGCACUCCCUGGGAGGGACAUAAGGACAGAGAGGCCUC